AUGGCACCGAUAACAAUAUCUCCCGCGCCUGCGGCAUCAGCAGACUCUGCAUCAUCACAACCCAACCAGAAACCCACCCCCACCGCCACCGCCGCCACCACCACCACCACCACCACCAGCACCCCAACCCCCCCAACCUCAGCAACCACACAAACCACCACCGCCGCCCGGUUACCCGCAACCCCAGCCCGCGCCCCGCCAUCAACAACAACAGCAUCAUCAACAACAGCAGCGGACCCCUCCCCCUGGCCGCAAAUCGAGCAAAACUACUUCACCUCGAUGCGGCAGCAGCGCGCGCACGAGGACACGGCCCUCGCUAGCGCCCACCGCGCCCGCGUCGCGCCCCUGCGCCAGCACCUGCUCGACACCUUCAAGGCCCAGGAGGACUUGCUGCGGCGGCUGCACGCGCUGCGGGCGGAGUAUGAUGCGGGCAAGGCGGAACUGGAGAAGGUGGAGAGGGCGUUUGAAGGGGAGCAGAGGGAGAGGGCGGCCGGAGAAGAAGGGGGGGAAUAUGCGGAGCGUUCUGGGGGGGGGGGUGGGGAGGCGGGGGAGGAGAUGCGGGAUGGGGAUGGCCGGGAUCGGGGCGAGGUGGUUGGGGGGGAAGAGGAGAGUCGGGGUAAGGGUGAGGGUGAGAAAUGGGGCGAGGAUGAGAGUGAGGUUCAGGGCGAGAGACGGGAUGAAGGUGCGGCGCGCGAUGAGGGCGAGCGCGAUCCUCAAGGCGAGGCAAUGCGGACGUCGGAGAGCGAGCAGCCCGGUGAGGCCGCAGGUGAAGGGAAAUCAACCAACACCGACGCUAAUGGCCUCGGAGACGAUCAGUACGCCUCGCAGUCCGCGGACCAGCAGACCACCUACGCUCCGGUUGUCAAGGAUAGGCAAGAAGACAAGACGCCGGCUGUGGAGACAACUGUUGCCGCGGAACCCCCCAACGAACACCAAAACGAAGAACCCGAGGAAUCACGGGCUGGCGAUGAGACCACUGCGCCUGGCGCAGCGGCCCUUAGUGGGCAACAAGAGGAACCCCAAGCCGUGGAGAAAGACAUGCCCGACAUGGGCACACUCGGCAGCAACGAGCAAUCCGAAAUCUCCACUGCGGCGAACAAUGUGAUGGAAACGGCACCCGCUGAUGGCGAUACGGAGAUGGGCGGCGUGGAGGCUGAACGCGGUGAGCUGCCUGAGGACGAACGCCCGCCAACAGCUGACCACGGUCCUGGCGUUGAGUUGCCAAAACCUGGCCAACAGAUCCACACGCCAGCCCCGACGACGAGCCACGAGGCGAGUAGUACCGAGAACACCCAGCCGCCCGCUACACAGGCCGAAACCCCCGAGAACCAGAGCGUUGUGCCCAUACCCACCGCGGAGGAUGUUGAGAUGCCUGAUGUUCAAGCAGCGCCCGCGAAUGCCGCGGUUGAGGGCAGCCAUGAACUUCAGUCCCCCUUGGAGAUGUCUCACCCAGCACCCGCAUACCCCUCUUCAUCGUCUUAUCUGAGCUCGCGCGACACUACCCCGGAGCUAGGGACUCCCGUAUCCAUGACCGGGGGUGCUAUCCCGCCGGCAACGCCUGGCGAAACCACCGUUUCAGAUCUCGUGGACGUGCUGGACGAGGCAGGCGACCUGAUCGGGCGGCUCCGGGCGUCUGGGACUGGGAACUCCGUCAUGGACCGCUUUUCGCGGCUCCCGGUCAAGCGGCCGGCUCGGAUCCGCCCGGGCCGAAAGUUUACCGCUGAGGAUCUGGAUGCCCUUCCCCGCCCCACACCUGGCGAUGCUAGGCCGAAUAAGUUCCUCAGCUUCUUCGUCCAGGCCAUGGGUGAGAUGCAGGCACGGCCGUGCCAGGACUGCUCUUCGAAUCACGGUCCGUUUCAGGGAUGUGUCAUGGUCAGCGGCGACCCGGACUUUGCGCGGUGCGGCAACUGCGAGUGGAAUAAGCGAGGCUGUCACGGCGGCAGCGUGGAGCGUCCCUCUAGCUCGCGGCACAGUAACUCGACCAAGUCCCCUCUCAAGUCACCCGGCAAGCCGCAGACACCUGGCACUAGCUUCACGGCUGCUAAUAAAGCAUCAGCGAGCUAUGAAGAGGACCGAACAGGCGGAGACGAUGCUGACCACUCGGACGUCGGGAUGGGUAGCAAGGAGACCGCCCCCAAAAAAGCGCCGCGGAAAUCCCUCCCGGGUAGCAGGAAGCCAACGGCGCCGUCGACUCCCGCGGCUAAGACUGCAGAGACCGACGAGCUCCCCGAGAUCAACAAGGAGGUGCUGUGCCUUAAGCACGACGGUGUUGUUUUCACCGACCCACCUAUGAUGCGCGGCGUGCCCCUGGCCAAGAUCUCUCCGGAGCAUCCGUAUUGGGAGCCUGACUGGAAACCGAUUGAGGAGCUUGUUGAACCGGUCCGGCAGAAGCAUCAAGAGAAGUACGACCAACUCGACCAGGCGGGCUCGACACACCGCGACAAGCACCUGGCGAACCGAGAUGCGAAGCGGGGCCGAAUUGUACUCAAGUUUCUAGAGGAGGGCGAGUUACACCCGUACCAGCUCGUCGGAAAGAAGUGGAUAAACUAUCGGAUUACGAACUAUGACACGCUAUUCCGGCUGGCGCAGCUACUCACAGAAGAGCUGCCUCGAAUGGGCCUGGACAUCUCACCAUCGGAAUGGCUCCGGCACCGGCUGCAUGAGCUGUAUAUGGAGAAGGGUGAUAAGUUCGACGUGGCAAGCUGGAUAGGAAAGGCGUACCACGAUCGGAAGAUCGAGCAGCUCCGGAUAAAGAACGGCUUUCCCCGCGUCGGCAGACCGCCGGCACACGCGACCAGGGCCGCAGAAGCCAGCAGCAGCACCAAGAAGCCGCCACGGUCGCUCAAGCGCAAAGACCCGCACCAGACGCCGGAGUCGACGCCGAUCAAGUUGAAGAUACCCAGCGCAAGCAAGGCAUCGGUAUCACCGACCGAAACGCCGGCAUCAGCAUCGGCCUCAGCAGCCUCGGCCUCAGCAACGGCGACGGCAGCGGCAUCAGCAGCAAGCGCAGCCAGUGGGCAGCAAAAGCCGAAAAGGAUCAAGAUCAUUACGAGCCAGCCCGAGUCGACCAGCGAAACCCCAUCGUCCGGCAAGCCUAAGAUCAUCCUGAACAGCCCGUUCCCGCCGUCAGCAACAGGCGAGAAGAAGGCAGCGGCGCAGGGCAAGGAGGCCAAGGAUGAAGACAAGUCAACAGGGCUCGAGUACGACGGCUACACGUCGAGCGACUCGAUCAGCGAGGACCGGCUGCACCCCAACGACUGGCGGCUGCACCAGGUCAAGACGCGGUCGUUCGCGACGCACCCGGGGGUGACGCAGUACUGGCACUGGGUGACGGAGAAGCAGGGGGACAAGAAGGUGAUCGAGCACCAGGUGCUGGAGUCGGUCCAGCCCAUCAAGUGGUCCGUCUUUAAGAAACCCUACAACUUCCACCUCAAGCUUGGCGACAUCCAGGAGGUCUCGUUUGCCCGCGCCAGCAACAAGGUGGUUGUGACGCACAAGAAAGGCCGCGAUGGCAGGGAUCUGGGCCCGCGCGGUCAUGUCAUGGCCCAGUUUAAGCGCGACCGAACCAAGCGGCGGUUUUUGACUUUCUUGAGUCGCGAGAGGGGCGUCAAGGUUGGCGAGGUGAACAAAAUCCCGGAAGAUGCCGCCAAAAUUUCCACAGCGCCAGUUGACAACCUCGAUUGCGCCGCAGCGAAGCCCGGGCUUAUCACUCGACGAAGAACCCAGACCCUCGAUAUCCCACACCACGGCAACGGCAGCCCGACGUCGCCCACCACCAAGAUGCUGUACGAAAUGAUUGGCAUUGUCCGCCCGGGCAACCUCAAGGAGGUAAAAGAAAUCGUCCUCACCGCCGGCCAACUGAUCCUCCGCCAGGGCGGCGUCAUCCGCGACGUCGCCAACUGGGGCGUCUUCCACCUGCCGCGCGCCGUCUCGCUCAACCAGACCCGGCACGUGCGCGGCCACUACUUCGUGCUGCGCUACGAUGCCGGCGUCGCCACACACCAGGACGUGGCUCGUACACUGCGCGUUGAUCCCCGGGUGAUUCGGUCGGGUGGGGUGAAGUUGGGGGAUGGGAAGCUGGAGACGCUGAGUCGGUUUGGGGCGGUGGAGUGGAAGAAUUUGGAGUGA